AUGGACUAUGCUCAAGAAGUUGGGAUGCACCCUAAACGUCUCUAUAAUGAUAAUCGAUACGUCAUACCUGACGGCUGGGUAAAACGACCAAACGUAACGCAACUCGUUGAUUAUUUUGAUGGAUCUGAGGAGGUGUGGAAGCACUUACCGGUAGAAGGUAUGUAUAUGCACCCCCUCCCGUGCCAAGCGAUCCACCUCAGUAUCUAUUACCACCACCGAACGACCAGACAAGCCGUCCAACGCAGCACCUGCCGCUACUCUCCCCAUUCUGUUGACAAUUCUACAACGAAGGCUUCUGCCAAGCCGCUGGUCAAUUCCCCGGCACAAUCACCCGCCAAGCCGCCGGGAAAGACUCCGGCCAAGUCGCCGGCGAAGUCACCAGCCAAAGCACGUGGUAGACCGCCAGGCAAGCCCCCUACACCUAAGAAGAAACGAGUAGGUAAACAUACAACUGCAACAACGGUUGCGCAUGUGGAUAGACGCGUACUUCUGCCUCGGAGUGCCCGCUUGGCAGCUGAAGCGGUUGAUAUCUCGGCUGGUAACGAUCGGAUGAGCUCCGGGGAUGAAGAUGACUACGGACUUGACAAUGAUGAUGAGUCUGUCGCCGAUAACAUCAUCGACGACGCCAAGAUCAAGACAAUGAAGCCACCAGUCAUGAGGAGAAUCCUGUUGAUCUCUCCGUAA